AUGGCGCCCACGGGGGCUCUGCUGGCCCCCCUGGCAGUGCCUCCUUCGACCAGCUUCUGGGCAGUGAAGUGUGCGCCCGGCUUCACCUGCGUUUCGAAGCUGACGUCCUUCCCCUUGGGCCACGAUGGCGUUUACCACCACCCGCACGGCAUCAAAUCGAUGGAACCCUCGGACCCCGAUCGCUUCCGCGACUGGUUGCAGACCUAUGAGGUCGGCUGCCCAGCGAGGGGGCAGAUGAGCGAGGCUGGGAAGUGCAAGGACAAUGGCGAGCCUGUUGAAGAGCAGGGCCUCUGCUAUUCCACGGUGGGCUUCGAGGGAGGGCCUGACGCGCCCUGCCAGGAGCCGGACGAGUGCCUUUGUGUGAAGGCUCAGACGCCCCGGGGCAAACUUGCCUUGGGCUUCCGGAACCUCGAGAAUGAAGAGGGCAAGGAGUUGCUCAGCGGCACCUACCAAGUCCAGGAAGUCACCAAAUGCGGCACUUGUGAAGAUUUGAGCUUCGACCGCAAACACUGCGAAGAAUGCCAGAACUGCGAGUUCAAGACGAAGACUAUGGAAGGAGAGCUGGUUGAGGGCUGCUGGCCCCGGGACGGUGGAUCGGCGCGGCGGAAGCAUCUUCAUGGUGAGGCCGAGCGGAUCUACUUGCACGAUCUGCCCGCUGAGCUGAAGGACUUGUCCAUCGUGCCCCACUACAGUGCGUGGGAUCCCGGUGAGAAGGUGGAUCCCGUCGCAGACGAG